UGGGCGCAGGCUGGGACUGACCGGAGCCGGAGGGACGUGGGGCCUGUCCCCUCCGGCCUCGCCGGUCCUCGGGACCGCUUCCAACUUAGCCCAAGUUGGGGGAUCCUGGGAGUAGGAAGACCGAAGUCUGGAGGGGGAGCCGAGCGAGAGGCUCUGGGCCGGGACAGCCUCCGCGUCACCGAGCCCGGAGGCCAACCAGAGUUUCCCGGCAACUUUUCUCGCUGGUGGUGGGUCGCCCCGGAAACUUCCCCUCCCCCGGUCCGGGCGUCUGGCCACUGGCCCUCCGCCUCCUGAGCCUGGGUUCCAAGCACGCGGCAGACGGACUGGAGAAGACGAUGGUUGAUGGUUUCGACGGGGAACCCCCGCCCCCCUUCUAGCGCACUUGCAACCCAGCGGGUUUCCAUCUGAAAACCCCGCCCCGCGGCUGUGGGGGCGCGGCGAGGCCCUCGAAGGCCACCCGCGACUUCUGGGUCCCUGAGUUUGUCGAGGAGGGGGAGGGCUGAGGGUAGAGGGGGAGGAGUAAUCAGACUGCCUAAGUUCAAAUCCUUGCCCCACCCGCUAACAGCUGGAUGACCUUGAGCAAGUUCUUACUGUCUGUGGCUCAGUUUCAUCCUUUAUGUAAUGGGACUUGAGGAUCCCUCCCUGGGAGGGCUUUUGGAGGAAUAACAGAGGAGCUGUGACAAGUGCCUUUCACCAGUCUGAGCUGUGAGUGGCCAGUGGAAAGAGGCCCACCCGGCCCCACCAUGAAUCUGUGGGAACUUGAAGACCACAAAAGCUGCCGAGAGACCCCAAGGCCGGCCCAGGAGCCCACUGCCGAGGAGGUGAUGACCACGGAGCUACAGAUGAAGGUUGACUUCUUCCGGAAGCUGGGCUACUCCUCUGCCGAGAUCCACAGUGUCCUGCAGAAGCUGGGGGUCCAGGCAGACACCAACACAGUGCUGGGCGAGCUGGUGAAGCAUGGGUCAGCGGCCGAGCGGGAGUGCCAGGUGUCACCGGACCCCUGCCCUCAGCUGCCUCUGGUCCCCCGUGGUGGGGGCACCCCCAAGGCUCCCACCGUGGAACCCUCACCCUCUGAGGAGGACAAGGAGGGUGGUGACCUGAGGCCCGUGGUCAUCGAUGGGAGCAACGUGGCCAUGAGCCACGGGAACAAGGAAGUCUUCUCCUGCCGGGGCAUCCUCCUGGCAGUGAACUGGUUUCUGGAGCGGGGCCACACAGACAUCACGGUGUUUGUACCAUCCUGGAGGAAGGAGCAACCUCGGCCUGAUGCGCCCAUCACAGACCAGCAUAUCCUGCGGGACCUGGAGAAGAAGAAGAUCCUGGUGUUCACACCGUCGCGGCGUGUGGGCGGCAAACGCGUGGUAUGCUACGACGACCGCUUCAUCGUGAAGCUGGCCUUCGAGUCCGACGGCAUCAUGGUCUCCAACGACACGUACCGGGACCUCCAGGGCGAGAGGCAGGAGUGGAAGCGCUUCAUCGAGGAGCGGCUGCUCAUGUACUCCUUCGUCAACGACAAGUUCAUGCCCCCCGAUGACCCCUUGGGCCGUCACGGGCCGAGCCUGGACAACUUCCUGCGUAAGAAGCCGCUCUCGGCCGAGCACAGGAAGCAGCCGUGUCCCUAUGGGAGGAAAUGCACCUACGGGAUCAAGUGUCGCUUCUUCCACCCCGAGCGGCCCAGCCGCCCCCAGCGCUCCGUGGCUGACGAGCUCCGUGCCAACGCCCUCCUGUCACCCCCCAGGCCUCCGAGCAAGGACAAGAAUGGCCGGCGGCCAUCACCACCUCAGCCUGGCUCUCUGCCAACAGAGCAUGAGCAGUGCAGCCUGGAGGGGAAGAAGCUGGGGGUCCAGGCCACCCCGGGAACUCCGCGGGAGGGUCUGACACAGCCCUUCGCCCAGGCAGGCAGGAGCCUCCCACCCAGCGGGGGCAGCGGGGGCAGCUUUGGGCCCUCGGACUGGUUCCCACAGACGCUGGACUCGCUCCCGUACACCUCCCAGGAUUGCCUGGACUCAGGCAUCGGCUCCCUGGAGAGCCAGAUGUCGGAACUGUGGGGGGUCCGAGGCGGCGGCCCCGGUGAGCCGGGCCCAUCCCGGGGUCCUUACACUGGCUACAGCCCCUACGGGGCCAAGCUCCCAGCCACUCAGGCCUUCUCUGCCUUUGGCCGGCCCGUGGGGGCCGGCCACUUCAGUGUCCCUGCUGACUACGCGCCCCCACCGUCCGCCUUUCCACCUCGCGAGUACUGGUCGGAGCCCUACCAGCUGCCCCCACCUGCCCCGGUCCUGCAGGAGCCCCGGGUGCCGGGCCCUGGGGCCGACAGGGGCCCCUGGGGCGGGGGAAGCAGCCUGGCCAAAGAGCGAGCCAGCGUGUACACCAAGCUGUGUGGCGUCUUCCCCCCGCACCUGGUGGAGGCCGUGAUGGAGCGCUUCCCGCAGCUCCUGGACCCCCAGCAGCUGGCCGCCGAGAUCCUCUCCUACAAGUCGCAGCAGCUCAAUGAGUAGUCAGCCCACCCCACCCUCCCCACCCCACGCCGGGCAGCACCUCUGGCCUCUGAGGGCUGCCGGGCUGGGCUUCCGGAGGCUGGAUGCAGGGAGGAUGCGAGUAGGCAAGGGAACCCCCAGACCAAAGAUACUGUAGGAUUGGUUCUGGCCCCUCGGCACCUUUAGCUGGCGGCCCGGGGGGCAGAAGCGAUCACCCUGUUGAUGCACAUUGUAUCUGUAGUUUAAGGAGACGCUGCCAGUAACGGCUGUCAGUCCAAGGCUGAGGCCCAAACCCUCCUUUCUCUCGGAGGGCGGGGAGGGAGGCAUGGGGUGCAGAGGCCUGGGCUGGGGGCCCUGCGCACGGCCCCCAACCUCCGCCCCGUCCCCGGGAUGCGGGCCUUGGCUGGCUCGUUGGGCACCAUGUGCCCGCCCUCCGUGGGCCCUCCUCUAAGCUAAUGAGGCCUCAUCCGUGCUCUUGCGGGCUGGAGGCUUCAUGUUAGUAAGCAAGAUUAAGCUUCUUAAUACCCACUCUCCGUCCCACUCUGUUCACCUAGCCCAUAGCCCCUGGGGGCCAGGUGGCGGGGGAGGUCAAGGGCACUCUGCCCCCACCCCUUCUCCCCCUUCCCCAAGGGGAGGUUUUGUGUGUGUGUGUGUGUGCGCGCGUGUGUGUACAGGUGUAAACGUUAAAUAUUUUAAGCGGAAAGCCCUUGCCUCACACGUCAAUAAAGUCCAAUGUGAGCCGCUCUAA